AUGGCUGGCGGAGCUGUUGUUGUUAAUGGGACCAGCGACCUUAACAGGAUCGAGGCCCCUAUCACUUUCAAGGCAUACAUGAUGUGUGCCUUUGCCGCCUUUGGUGGUAUGCUUUUCGGAUAUGACUCCGGUUACAUCUCCAGUGUCAUGGGAAUGGACUAUGUUAUCCACAUGCUUACCGGGAAGGACAAGGCUACCACUCCAUCUGCUGAAUUCGUUUUGCCAGCAUGGAAGAAGUCUCUGAUUACUUCUAUCUUGUCUGCUGGUACCUUUUUCGGUGCUUUGCUUGCUGGUGACUUUGCUGACUGGAUUGGUCGUCGUACAACCGUUAUUUUCGGCUGUCUCGUUUACAUCGUCGGAGUCAUUCUGCAAACCGCCUCAAGUGAUCUCGGACUUUUGGUAGCUGGUCGUUUAGUUGCCGGUUUCGGUGUUGGUUACGUUUCUGCUACCAUCAUCAUGUACAUGUCUGAGAUCGCUCCUAAGAAGAUCCGUGGUGCUUUGGUCUCUGGUUACCAGUUCUGUGUGACCAUCGGUAUGCUGAUUGCCUCGUGUGUUGACUACGGUACUCAAGACCGUACUGAUUCUGGUUCUUAUAGAAUCCCAAUUGCAAUCCAAUUCCUCUGGGGUCUCGUUCUGGGAGGUGGUUUGUUGUUUUUGCCAGAAUCUCCCCGUUUCUUUAUCAAGAAGGGCAACCCCACAAAGGCUGCGCAUGUUCUCUCCAGACUCAGAGGAGAGCCAGAAGACUCCGCUUUCAUUCAGGACGAGCUCGCUGAAAUCAUUGCUAACCAUGAAUACGAACAGUCUUUGGUUCCUUCUGAAACUUACUUUGCAUCCUGGGCUGCCUGCUUCAAAGGCAGCAUUAGAAAGCCUUCUUCUAACCUCAGAAGAGUCAUCCUCGGAACAUCUAUGCAGAUGAUGCAGCAAUGGACUGGUAUCAACUUUGUGUUUUACUUCGGAACAACCUUCUUCCAGCAAUUGGGAACUAUCAAAAACCCUUUCUUGAUCUCUCUGAUCACCACUUUGGUCAACGUUUGUUCCACUCCAGUCUCUUUCUACACUAUGGAGAAGUACGGUCGUCGUCCUUUGAUGAUCUGGGGUGCUCUUGGUAUGUUGAUCUGUGAGUUCCUCGUUGCUAUCAUUGGUGUUACCGACGGUCAGAACCACAAGGCUGUUUCUGCCAUGAUUUCCUUCAUUUGCAUCUACAUUUUCUUUUUCGCGUCCACCUGGGGACCUGGUGCUUGGGUCGUUAUUGGUGAGAUCUUCCCCUUGCCAAUUAGAUCUAGAGGUGUUGCUCUUUCGACUGCCUCCAACUGGCUGUGGAACUGUAUCAUCGCUGUCAUCACUCCUUACAUGUGUGACACUGACAAAGGUAACCUCGGUGCCAAAGUGUUUUUCAUCUGGGGAUCUCUGUGUUCUUGCUGCUUCGUGUACUCCUACUUUCUGAUUCCAGAAACCAAGGGUUUGACUUUGGAACAGGUUGACAGAAUGUUGGAGGAGACCAAUGCCCGUAACUCUUCGAAGUGGGUUCCUCACUCUACCUUUGCUCAAGACAUGGGUCUUUCCGACGACAAGGGCAAUUCCUUGGAGCACGAUGAGAAGGCUACCCCAGUGGAGAGCGUGUAA